ACUCGGCUAAUGGCGUCGGCGAAUCUUGGGUGUUUGGGCAGCCAGCGCUGAAGCUUCUAGCCAGGUUGGCUGGUUGCGACCCGUGUGGCUGGGCCCCGCGGCAGCGGGAGGGACCUGCCCGCGUUGUGGGCUCCUCGGCCGGAGCCGGCGGGUCCUAGCGGGGCGGACCGACUGCGGGGGGCGCCUCGGAGAGGAGCCGGGGGAGUUGCGAGAGGCUGCGGGGGGCGCUCGGGCACGCUCCGAGUUAGCAGCUCAGGCCUGGCUGAGUCCCCGCGGAGCCCAACAGGAGGGCUCCGGAAGGGCCAGAAGCUCCAAGGAGGGUGCUACUGUCGCCCCAAGGAGCUGACAGUGCCGGAGUUCGUUUGCGCCGCUCAGAAAUUGGCUUUGAAGCUUGGUGGAUCAUGUCUGGCACCAACAGCCCCGAGGCUGUGAAGAAGCUGCUGGAGAAUAUGCAGAGCGACCUACGGGCCUUGUCCCUGGAAUGCAAGAAGAAAUUUCCACCUGUCAAGGAGGCUGCUGAAUCAGGAAUAAUUAAAGUUAAAACAAUAGCUGCACGAAACACCGAAAUUUUGGCAGCAUUGAAAGAGAACAGCUCGGAAGUUGUCCAGCCUUUUCUCAUGGGUUGUGGAACCAAGGAGCCGAAGAUCACUCAGCUAUGUUUGGCCGCCAUUCAGAGACUCAUGUCACAUGAAGUUGUGUCUGAGACUGCAGCUGGAAAUAUAAUUAACAUGCUUUGGCAGCUAAUGGAAAAUAGUCUUGAAGAACUUAAGCUACUUCAAACAGUUCUUGUUCUUUUAACAACCAAUACAGUAGUUCAUGACGAGGCACUCUCCAAGGCAAUUGUUCUUUGUUUUCGACUACAUUUCACAAAAGAUAAUAUUACAAAUAAUACAGCUGCUGCUACAGUGAGACAAGUUGUUACUGUUGUUUUUGAGAGGAUGGUUGCUGAAGAUGAACGACACAGAGAUAUUAUAGAACAACCAGUACUGGUCCAAGCAAAUAGUAACCGAAGAUCUGUCAGUACCCUUAAACCCUGUGCUAAAGAUGCAUAUAUGCUUUUCCAGGACCUUUGUCAGUUGGUUAAUGCUGAUGCCCCUUAUUGGCUAGUAGGAAUGACAGAAAUGACUCGAACAUUUGGCCUCGAAUUACUUGAGUCAGUCUUGAAUGAUUUUCCACAAGUCUUUUUACAACACCAGGAAUUUAGCUUCCUCCUUAAAGAAAGAGUAUGUCCUCUUGUGAUAAAGCUCUUUUCUCCAAAUAUAAAGUUCAGACAAGGUUCCAGCACUUCAUCUUCUCCAGCACCAGUUGAAAAACCGUACUUUCCUAUCUGCAUGCGUUUGCUGAGAGUAGUAUCUGUUCUGAUUAAGCAAUUUUACAGUCUUUUGUCUAGUUGUGGAGGACGUUGUUUCACUGGCCCACUGGGAAAGAAGGGUGAAAUGUGCAACCGACACCCUGACUUUUUGGGAUACUGCUCAAGGGAUUGGUUUUUGUCUCACCUAAGUCUUGGAACACUGACAGGAAAGGUGGCAGCCCUCUUGGUUACCUGGUGGCCUGCUGAAAAUAAAGUUAAUAGAGCUGUUUGGGAAGAAAUGGUGAAUGCCUGCUGGUGUGGUCUGCUUGCUGCUCUCUCACUCCUUCUUGAUGCCAGCACAGAUGAAGCUGCCACUGAGAAUAUUUUAAAAGCUGAACUGACUAUGGCUGCUCUUUGUGGAAGACUGGGCCUUGUAACUUCAAGAGAUGCCUUUAUAACGGCGAUAUGCAAAGGUUCCCUGCCUCCCCAUUAUGCUCUUACUGUACUGAAUACCACCAGUGCAGCCAUGCUUUCCAACAAAUCAUAUUCCAUUCAGGGCCAAAAUGUUAUGAUGAUAAGUCCAUCAAGUGAAUCUCAUCAGCAAGUUGUGGCAGUGGGUCAACCACUAGCAGUUCAGCCUCAAGGGACAGUAAUGCUAACUUCCAAAAAUAUCCAGUGUAUGAGGACUUUACUUAACUUGGCACACUGUCAUGGGGCUGUUCUUGGAACAUCAUGGCAACUUGUCUUGGCAACUCUACAGCAUCUUGUAUGGAUUCUGGGAUUAAAGCCUUGUAGUGGUGGUGCCUUGAAACCUGGGAGAGCUGUAGAGGGACCCAGUACAGUUCUAACAACAGCAGUGAUGACAGAUUUACCAGUGAUUUCCAAUAUACUUUCAAGAUUGUUUGAAAGUUCACAGUAUCUUGAUGAUGUAUCAUUGCACCAUUUAAUAAAUGCGCUUUGCUCCUUAUCCCUAGAAGCAAUGGAUAUGGCCUAUGGAAAUAAUAAGUUCUACCACCACGUUUGUAUUCCACUUUCACAAAACCAGAGGCUGCAGUUGCUUUUACUGAACCCAUUGAAGGAGAUGUCCAGUAUUAACCAUCCAGAUAUCCGGCUCAAGCAAUUAGAAUGUGUGUUGCAGAUUCUCCAGAGUCAGGGAGACAGUCUUGGGCCUGGAUGGCCAUUAGUGCUAGGAGUCAUGGGAGCAAUCAGAAAUGAUCAAGGUUUUAUUCUGAAAGAUUAUUUUUUCCAAAGAGGGGAAACUAUUGAAAAAGAAUUAAAUAAAGAAGAAGCAGCACAGCAAAAGCAGGCAGAAGAGAAAGGAGUGGUUUUAAAUCGGCCUUUUCACCCUGCACCACCGUUUGAUUGCUUGUGGUUGUGUCUUUAUGCAAAAUUAGGAGAACUAUGUGUGGACCCCCGACCUGCUGUCAGGAAGAGUGCAGGGCAAACUCUGUUUUCAACAAUUGGUGCACAUGGAACUUUAUUACAGCAUUCAACGUGGCACACUGUUAUUUGGAAGGAUAGCCCCCACACAAAGAAUUACCCAACCCCAAAAGUCAGUAGUAUUGAGAUUGAGAAACCCGGCUAUAGAUUUAAUGCCUUCAAUUCUUGUGGAGACUUUUCAAGAGCGUGGGAUGUUCUUCUUGACCAUAUACAAUCAGCAGCACUCAGCAAGAACAAUGAAGUAUCUCUGGCUGCACUGAAAAGCUUCCAGGAAAUUUUACAGAUUGUGUCCCCUGUCAGAGACUCAGAUAAGCCUGAGACACCACCUGCAGUUAAUGUAUCUGUGCCUGUCCUUUUAGGGCCCAUAUCAGGCCCCAGCCUGAGCAGGCCAUUUGUAAGAACAGAUUCCAUUGGUGAAAGACUUGGAAGAUACAGUAGCUCAGAGCCACCCACAGUUACUGAUGAGCUUGAAGAUUUGAAUCUCUGGUGGGCUGCAUGGAAUGCCUGGUAUAGAAUUGGAUCUGAAAGCACUAAGCCUCCUAUUACUUUUGAUAAACUGACUUUCAUUCCCAGCCAGCCUUUCCUUACAGCUUUAAUUCAGAUAUUUCCAGCUCUCUACCAACACAUAAAAACUGGUUUCAACAUGGACGACCUGCAAAAGCUGGGAGUCAUAUUGCACAGUGCUGUUUCAGUCCCAAUUAGUUCAGAUGCAUCCCCUUUCAUUCUUCCAUCUUAUACUGAAGCAGUUUUGACAAGUUUACAGGAAGCUGUACUUACAGCAUUAGAUGUUCUCCAAAAGGCCAUCUGUGUAGGACCAGAAAACAUGCAGAUAAUGUAUCCAGCUAUAUUUGACCAGUUACUGGCAUUUGUAGAAUUUUCCUGUAAACCUCCACAGUACGGACAGCUGGAAACAAAGCACAUUGCAAAUGCAAAAUAUAAUCAGAUCCAACUAUUUGCACCGGCGGAAUGGGUAGCCUUGAAUUAUGUACCGUUUGCUGAAAGGUCUUUAGAAGUAGUUGUGGAUUUAUACCAAAAAACAGCCUGUCACAAAGCAGUGGUGAAUGAGAAAGUACUCCAGAAUAUUAUUAAGACCCUUAGGGUUCCUCUCAGUUUGAAGUAUUCCUGCCCUUCUGAAAGCACAUGGAAACUAGCAGUAUCUUCUCUCCUCAAAGUUCUUUCUAUUGGGCUACCUGUUGCCCGGCAGCAUGCUUCUUCUGGAAAAUUUGACAGUAUGUGGCCAGAACUAGCCAACGCUUUUGAAGACUUUCUCUUUACUAAAAGCAUACCUCCAGAUAACCUCUCUAUUCAAGAAUUUCAAAGAAAUGAAAGUAUUGAUGUCGAGGUAGUUCAGCUUAUCAGCACUGAGAUAUUACCUUAUGCCAAUUUUAUUCCUAAGGAAUUUGUUGGUCAGAUAAUGACCAUGCUUAAUAAGGGCUCAAUACAUUCUCAGUCAUCUUCAUUUACAGAAGCAGAGAUUGAUAUUCGUUUGAGAGAAGAAUUUUCUAAAAUGUGUUUUGAAACAUUGCUCCAGUUUUCCUUCAGUAAUAAAGUCACAACACCUCAAGAAGGCUACAUCUCACGAAUGGCACUCUCAGUGCUUUUAAAGAGGUCUCAAGAUGUACUACAUCGCUAUAUAGAGGAUGAAAGAUUGAGUGGUAAAUGCCCUCUUCCAAGGCAACAAGUAACAGAAAUCAUAUUUGUUUUAAAAGCAGUCAGUACUCUCAUUGAUUCACUUAAGAAAACUCAGCCUGAGAAUGUUGAUGGAAAUACCUGGGCACAAGUAAUUGCCUUAUACCCAACUUUAGUGGAAUGCAUCACCUGCUCAUCUUCAGAAGUCUGCUCUGCACUAAAAGAAGCACUAGCUCCUUUUAAGGAUUUCAUGCAUCCACCAGCAUCCAAAGUUCAAAAUGGAGACUCUUGACCAGCUACAACAAACUUAAAGAAGAAUUCUAUCUAAAGAACGUUUGCUUCCCAGUGAGUCUUCUGUGACAAGGACAUUUCUUACUACAAAUAAUUCUUGGCAGCUGUUGUCGGCCUCCUUUAAGUUGUACUUACCUGAGUUCAGUAAAUCAUAUUACAAGCUUACACGUCCACAAAGUCUCCUGAAGGAGUAGCAGUGCAAGCUUUGAAUAAGUUAAACUGAUGGGAGACAUGAUUAAUACCACAACAUACCUGCUACCAGAUCUUCAAUUGGUGAUUUAAAAGUGAACUUAUGUACAGUUUGUGGUGUAUGUGUUAAUGAUGUACUUUUUAAAAAGAAAGAAAAGAUAUUUCAUUCAGAUUUAUUAGGCUGGUGUUUUUGUGACCUUUUUCAAGUACAAAAGUGUACCAAAAUUUUAUGCAAGAUGGUACUGUAACAUUCCAUGUUAUCUAUAACCAGCCUUUGUAAACAAAGGGAACUGAUAUACUUGUGUGUAUAAUAAAUGGUACAGUUCUGUAUAAAAUAGUUGCAUUUAUUAUUUAAAUUUUUAAAAUACUGAUAAUGUUAAAUGCUUGAUGCUGUAUUUAUUAUUAAUACAAAAUGAUUUGCUUACAUUUUUACUUAAAAUUUGCUUUCUUAAGCGGCAGAUAUGCUCACCACAUGACCAUGCAGUUAGCUUAAUGCUUAUUUUAAAUGUAGUUACUAGUGACUAUCAAACAUCUGACCAGAAAGGUCAUGUGAACACAGCAGCAAAUAGUUUAUGAUUUGCUGAUUUUGCAACUUUGAAGUAUAGGUUAUUAACUUAAUACAUUGAGAUAUACUGUAGCACUUUGAUUCCAUCAUACCUCAUCUCUUUAAAUAUCUUUCCCAGCUUUCACGUAAGUCUGCUUUUUAUAUUGCUGUCUGGAUUUUAAAGACUUUCAUAUUUUAUAUUUCUACUGAUUUUUUUCCCCACUGACUAACAUUUAUCACUCUCUUUCAAUUAUGACCCAGCCAAGAUGAUUUCAGAUUUCCUAAAAAUUUUACUUGUAAGGUUUUGUUCGUUUCAGUGCUUCAUUUUGUAAUGUCUUCUCAAGAAGAAAAAUAACUAUGCUAACCCACAAAUAGAACAUGUGUGUAUUGUAAAAUAACAAGAAGUGUAUUUUUGGAGCUAGUGAAGCAUUUAGAAGUACAGUAAACUUUCUGUCAUGGAGUAAAAUAUGAAUUUUGUUUCAUUUUCCUAUCCUAGUGAAGAAGAAAAGUGCUUCUGAUUACAUUAACUUCACUGUUCCUUAAAAAACUAACUGCCCUAGCUUAUUGUAUUUUUUAUUUUAUGGAUUAUGCUAUUAUAUUUUUCUUCUGAGUUAAGUUUUCAUAAUCAUUUAUGUGAAGACUCAAGGAUGUUUAAAACAAUGACUAUUCAUAAAAAAAU